UGGCCACAUCGCCGCCAUUACUUCCAAGUUCGAGCUACGCCACCACACCGCUACAUAUGUCGCAUCCACAUCGCCAGCACCGAAUCAACCUUCCAUCAUCCAUUCAUCGGGUUCACUUCUUUCUCAGUUGAAGCAUCCAUGGAUGUAGAAGGAGCAGCAGGCAGGGGUCCCGUCUUCCCGGUGCCGCAGCGGCGGGCCCCGGCGACGGCGCUGCUGUUCCCGCCGCCACAGACACCAUUCACACCUUACUACUACUCGUCGUCUUCAUCGUCUUCUCCGGCGACGCCGUCCCGCCUGACGCACCACGUGACGCUGAGCCUCACCAGCCUGCCCAUCCUGGUGCUCACCGUGCUCGGCAUCCUCACCACCUCCGCGCUGCUCCUCACCUACUACGUCUUCGUCAUCCGCUGCUGCCUCACCUGGCACGCCACCACCUCCGACCACGACUCCGGCGCGCCCAGAAGCCUCGUCAUCUCCCUCACCCGCCGCCGCCAUCGCCGCAACAACACCGCCUCCGACCACGAGCUCCCCGUGGUGCACGGGCCCGCGCCCGACGAGCCACGCGCCGGGCUGGGAGAGCCGGCCAUCCGGGCGCUGCCGGCGUUCAGGUACAGCAAAGCCGCCAAGGACGACGCGAGCGAGUGCGCCGUGUGCCUCGGCGAGUUCCAGGAGGGGGAAAGGGUGAGGCUCCUGCCGGGCUGCCUCCAUGUCUUCCACGCCGAGUGCAUCGACACUUGGCUCCACGACUGCGCCAACUGCCCGCUCUGCCGGGCAGCCAUCACCGGCACCACCGGCAAACAAGCUCCGUUGGUAAUGGACCGGCCGCCGAGAAGCGAGGAGGUGGUCAUCCAGGUGCAGGCUGCCGGCACAGGAGAAGAAGAAGACACAGUGACACGGCAGCAAGAAGACGGCGCGGCGGCCUCGAAGAGCAGCGCUCACUUCCAUGGAGAAUGCAGCGGCGGCAGCAGCAAUGAAGAAGCACAUUGUAGUAGGUAGUGAUUUUGGUUAGUUGCAUCACUUGGCUUAGGCAAAACAAAAUUCUUCAGAGCAUGAGAACUUCAGAACAACAUGAGCUGCUGCUCCUACUGUAAAUGAACAACCACUUACCUGAUUUACUGUAAUAUUUGGAUGAGAACAAACAGGAAUAACAAAUAUUCUUCAAAUUCUUACAAAAAAAGAUUGGCAAGCAGUGUGAAGAAGCAGAACACAAAAGGCAAAUAAGCUGAGGGUGGUGGAAUAACUGUGACCAAGAAACUGAAACUUCGGACGCAUGCCAAAGAAGAACAUGAAGUUUAAAGGAAAAAGGCAGGACUUGUGUGGCCCUUUGAGCUCACUGUGAUAUCCUGAUCCUAGCACAGGCAGCAAAGUCUCACCAAAACCUUAUUAAGACACCAACAAAUGUCAAGAUCUCGCCCUCCGUUACAUCGUCAGGGCCCAGGGGCUUCUCACUGGUCAC